CAUGUAUAUAGGGACAUGCCCUCCUUUCCUUUCCCAAAACUUUUACUUUACAUCUUACCAUACUCUACUUCACUUCCCAACACACUCUUCACCUUCUACCAAUCUCUUCACUUUCCAUUACACCCACCAAUCAAAAUGCAGUUCGUCAAGUCCAUCAUCGCACUUGCAGUGCUCUUCCUCACCUUAAUCAAUGGUUUUCCAUUGACUACUUCUGAUGUCAGUAAUGAAGAAACUCCUAACGGAACUGCUACAGUUCCGAUUCAGAAGUUGCCUGCGAAGGCUACUCAUACCCCUAUUCUUGCGUAAGUCCUGUUUUCUGUUGCUUGAGGCUAUGGGUCUUUAUCAAUGUGGAAAGGUGUACUAAAUUUUUGUAGGAAGGAGGGAGAUGGGUACUGGUCGUACCACUGGCGCCCAAAGAGUCCUCGAGAGGUUGCCAAACCUACUCAUGCGCCUGUCUUUGCGUAAGUAUUCCAUUUACCCAAUAUAUUUUGUUAUUAGAGAAUAUAGGAUCUCGUCAAUGAAGAAAUAUAUACUGAUAUGUUUACAGAAAGGAGGGAGAUGGGUAUUGGUCAUACCACCAACGCGAGAAGCAUGGCCGCAGAGCCACGUAAGCAGAUCCUUCCUCUAUCUCGCCCUUCUCUUUUAACGAUGAAACGCUGAUUUCUCCACAGGAAUUGGGAAGAUGGAGACCAAAAUAAUAACCAAUCGUCGGCCGAACCCACACCUACCCCCGAGUAA